GCGCGCAUGCGAGGAAAAACUAUGAGUUUGAAAGAUAAUUAAUCAGAAUUGUUUGUUUUCAGAAACGUAUACUGUUUUAGCACAAACAGCUCAGUAUUGCUCCACUUUACAGAUAGCCGGUGGAUUUAUUUGAAAGGGCAGCGGGCGCUUUCCAUGGUGCUGAAUGGCUGUUAAAAUGCAGUGUUCCUUUGAAAGUAUUUCAUAAUUCCUACAAGCAGCCAGCGAAAUGUUGUCCAGCAGCGCUCAAAAUUUCGCUUUUCUUCUCGCUCACCGCACACGCUCGAAAGGUGGAGUUUGUUAGUGCAUUGCUUGAGAACCCCGGCUGCCUGUGGCUAUUGGAAAAGGCUGCUGAAAUCCCAGUCUCAUCAUUGGCAAUGCAAAAGCAGGAGGGACCGGAACAAGGACAAGAGCGCAAGUCACCUCUGUUUCGGGAGGUAGUCUAGCAGUGUGGGUUUCGCUCUACAGAGAGAAGACGCAAUUCGAACCGUUCACUCGUUGUAUUGUGACAUGAGAAAGGUGUCGCUAGCCAUGAUUUCAAAGUGCAGGUGAAACCGGAGAGGAUGUUUUUUAUUUCAGUCCCACUGCACAACUUCUAAAACAAAAAACUAUAAUUCGACUUGUUUAUCGUGCGCGAGCGCUCAAAUAUUUCGCGCCACUCUCAAACGUCACACUUUCUCCACAACUAUAAACUGUUUGGAGUGAAACAAAUGUCCCGCAAAAAGGCGGGUAAGGGCAAAAACGCCAACAGCAGCCCGAAGACAGGCAGCCCGAAGACAGGCAGCCCGAAGACAGGCAGCCCGAAGACAGGCAGCCCCACCGGAAAACAGAAGGGGAAAACCGGGAAGAGCACUGUAGGGACGGGGAGCGUGGUGCAGGCGAACGGUAUGGUUCAUCCGAGCAGACCCUCACUCAGCAACAGCAGCGAGUUUUAUGACAUCGCAUUCAAGGUGAUGCUGGUGGGAGACUCCGGGGUGGGGAAGACCUGUCUGCUGGUGCGCUUCAAAGAUGGAGCCUUCCUGGCAGGAAGCUUCAUCUCUACUGUGGGCAUCGACUUCAGGAAUAAAUUGCUGAACAUUGACAGACUGAAGGUGAAGCUUCAGAUCUGGGAUACAGCUGGACAGGAGCGUUUCCGCAGCGUCACACACGCCUACUACCGUGACGCCAAUGCUCUCCUGCUACUCUAUGACGUGACCAACAGAACAUCUUUUGACAACAUCAAGGCCUGGCUGACUGAGAUCCAUGAUUACGCCCAGCAGGAUGUGGUCCUGAUGCUGCUGGGAAACAAGGCUGAUGCCACGCAGCAGAGGGUGGUGAAGAGAGAGGAUGGAGAGAGGCUGGCCAAGGAGUUUGGGGUUCCAUACAUGGAGACCAGUGCAAAGUCUGGCCUCAAUGUGGAGUUAGCCUUCACUGCUGUGGCCAAAGAGCUGAAGCACAGGUCUAUGAAGGAGCCCAACGAGCCCAAGUUUAAGCUUCAGGACUACGUCAACAAGGAGAUGAAGAGUGCUGGAUGUGCAUGUUAGAACACUGUGUGUGUGUGUGUGUGUGUGUGUGUGUGUGUGUGUGUGUGUGUGUGUGUGUGUGUGUGUGUGUGUGUGUGUGUGUGUGUGUGUGUGUGUGUGUGUUUGCUCGUGUCUUGCUCCACGUCUGAUGUAUUACACUCAUACAAGGUGAUAUUAUAUGACUGCCUGUGAGAUAGAGAGCCAGUCAUGUGUGAGAUAUACCUACAUCACUAACCACCCAGUUUGCCCUUCCUUUGUCCUCUCUAUGCCCUCUGAAAUAAUCCAUUAUGUCCAUAUUCUAAUGUUAUCUGUGAGGCAUCUCUCUCCUCUCCGCACCUCUCUUUUCCUCUCCUUUCUCUCUUCUCUCUCUCUUUUCCUCCUGUUUUCUGGGACCCACUGCUCCACCUCCUUCUGCAUCUGUGAAUGUACUUCUAUAUCCAGCCAUGACUCUUACCCCAUCAGUGCUGUCUGACACUGUUAACCCUAUGAAUGUCUGACACUGUUAACCCUAUGAAUGUCUGACCCUGUCUGACCCUCUGACCCUAUGACUCUCUGACCUUGUUAACCCCAUGACUGUCUGACCUUGUUAACCCCAUGACUGUCUGACCUUGUUAACCCCAUGACUGUCUGACCCAGUUAACCCACUGACUCUCUGACCUUGUUAACCCCAUGACUGUCUGACCUUGUUAACCCCAUGACUGUCUGACCCUGUUAACCCCAUGACUGUCUGACGCUGUUAACACUAUGACUGUCUGAC